AAGACCAAAGCACGCGUCCCCAUGUACUGGCCUUGCGCGGUCACCUCUGAUCGCUGUGAUGGGAUCCUCCAUCCUCUAUCGCGCGCUUCGAGUUGUGCUAGUAUCACAACCACAUGGUGUUGAGGGGAUGAGUCGCUAACAUUGCAAAGUAUAUAGUCGCACCAUAGUCUUGUGUUGGAACGACUGACCUCCUCCACAACUCACAUCGACUCCACAUCCACGAGAGUGUACCACGCUUUGUCAAGAUCUUAUUCCACCAUCGACCAAGACUCAGACGUCCCCACAGUCUCCCAUCAACAUUUAUCGCCACUCUCGCAAUGAAGGUCAUAACCAUCCUUCUCGCCUUCAUGGCGGCAGCAGUCAUUGCCCACCCCAUCGAUGCUCCCGCAGACCUUGUCGAUCGUGGCGUCGGUGGCAAUAGUGGCACUCACGGCACUGGUGGCUUCAAGCGGGACGAGCUUGAGGUCCGGGGCGUCGGUGGCAAUAGUGGCACUCACGGCACUGGUGGCUUCAAACGGGACGAGCUUGAGGAUCGCGGUGUCGGUGGCAAUAGUGGCACUCACGGCACUGGUGGCUUCAAGCGGGACGAGCUUGAGGAUCGCGGCGUCGGUGGCAAUAGUGGUACUCAUGGCACUGGUGGUUUCAAGAGGGAGGAACUCGAGGUCCGGGCCGUCGGUGGUGCUGGGCGCAUCCAAGGGAAUGGUGGGUAUUGAAACACCCAAUGAACCAAUCGUCCUCGGUGCGAUGCAUCACCAUCCGAGGCCGAGUGCGUUCGGCUAGGAUUCAGUUGCUCGCCGUCAUGAAUCGGCCCUCCCAGUCUC